AUUCGUCUGUGGGGCUUUAAAAGCAGGCGCGCUCAGACGUGAAGUGAGAUACUUUGGACAGGAGAAUCAUUAUUGGAAUGUGAUAAGCAGUCACUUUGUACACAUGAAGAAGUAACUAUUAUAGAAGAGAGAUUUAUUUAAUACGAUUAUUUAGUUCCAUUCAAGACGUGCAAUCAUUUGCACUAUUUCAGCAGCAUCUUUAGGUCAUUCCAGACGUACAUACCCCAUCAGACAUGUGACGAUGGAUUUCAUCAUGAUACCCAAACAAACAAAAACACUAAAUGCGUCGCUCAGUUAUGUAUCAAGUCAUUGUGGAAAGCUCAGCCACCAGAGUUUACUCUGGCAAAAACUGCUGUGCUGUGGGCAGACUGACGCAGAGAGAACCAUGAUUCUGCUGACUCCAUCCUCUGGUUUCUUCCAGCACACCAAUAAGCUCUUUCUGAGCGAGCAGGCCACUGGUGUCCAGCUCAAGGAGUUUGUACGCAAAAAUGCAGCCAAUGCUCUGUCUAUGGCCAACAUGCUUAUGGGCAUGGCCUCUAUUCUCUGCAGCCUGAACGGCCACCAACAUGCUGCCUGCUGGCUGGUCCUGAUUGGCUACCUGCUGGACUUGGCAGACGGGGCAGUUGCCAGGCGACUGGAUGCAUGCUCUGCACUAGGUGCUAAACUGGAUGAUUUUGCAGAUUUCACAACUUUUGGGAUUGCAACUUCAUUGCUCCUGAGGACACAUGCCUUAAUGGACAACAUCCUGUGCAUGUGCUAUGUCCUGUCUGUGAUUGUCCGACUCUGCUUCUUCUCCAGCGGCAUCCCCUUCAUGUACCGUGGCCUGCCAUGUAUCUACUCUUCUGCCAUCCUUGCCUGUCUCUCCCUGCUGACCGGAGGUAACAUGGUGAUCCUGCGGGUCACUGCUGUGGCCAUGAUCCUCUUCAUGGUCAACCAGGGAUUCUACCCACACGACAGGGUCCUGGAGUCACAGGCCUGGAAGAAGGUGGUCUACGCUGGAGGAGUUGUCAUCGUGUUCUGUUCCUCUUUCCCUCCGGCAUGUGUGUACUACCUGUUGUGGUCUGUGUCCUACAUUUUGUUCCCAACAACACUAUGGAGCUGCAAAGUGUAGUAGGCAUUAAAGGCCUUGCUACAAAUUCACACUCGCACAUGGCUUGUCAACAGGCUGUCCAGUGGGGUUAACUAAAGCGCCCAGACUGCUGCUGCCUACAGCGGAUCGAAACAGGACGUAAGAGGACGUUGUAAUGUUUUUGUAAGAUUGAACUGCCUUCUUCAUCAUGAACACUUGAUGGAAACUGUACCUUAGCCAUUUUGUUUUUGAAUAAGAUAGGGUUUGGGUAUCUGUAGCUAUUAUGUUUGUACAAUACAACUGCAGAGUCGUACUGUACUGCCUAGUGUGUGUGUGUACUGUAUCAUCCUCAUGCACAAAUUGUGCUUGAAAUUACUUCAACAAUAAUACAAAAAAGUAUUUUCAGUCAUUAAUAAAGUCAUUGAGUAGCAGUUUUUACUGUAAAGAAUGAGAAAAUGUCAACAGUUUUUGCAGUAAAAAAAACAUGGCCCCCUUUUUUUUCUGAACAUAGAUUCAAACUAGAUUCAAACAUGUGGCAAGCUCUCAAUUUGUAAGAUAUUUGUAAUACAAAAAAAAGUUUAAUUAUAUUGCAGAUACAAACCAAGUCCAUUAAAUCAUGUUUUUUUAAAUUACGGAAGACACUACCAUCUCGAGAUCUUAUGUUCUACUGUACUUAAAAUAACUACCAAAGUGAUUGUACAUAAGAAUUGUGUGUGGAUAUGAGAUUGUUGAGAAAUAUUGUUUUUUUUUAUUUUCCCAUCAACUGCAUUCUUUAAUUGGAAUAGUAUUUUUUUCUUCCUUAAAAUGUUCUAGCCAUUUUCAAACAAGAUUAGUUUGCUUUUAUUGCUAGCAAAAUGUAAUUGUGCUUUAAUUUAAGUGUUUAUGUUCCCACCAGAUAUACAGUGCCCUCUGUAAUUAUUGGGACAAUUAAGCAUUUUUUUCUACUUUUGGCUCUAUAUUUGGUUUGGAUUUGAACUCAAACAAUGACUAUGAGGUUAAAGUGCAGACUGUCAGCUUGAAUGUGAAGGUAUUUCAUCCAUACUGGGUGAAUUGUUUAGAAAUUACAUCACUUUUUCAAAAACAAAAAAUUCACGUGUGUAGUAAAACAUUACAUUUUUGGUCCCAUAUUUGUAGCACGCAAUAAUUACAUCAAGCUUUUGACUCUAAAAAAUGUUGGAUGCAUUUGCUGUUUUGUUUUGGUUGUUUCAAAUGGUUUUGUGCCCAAUAGAAAUGAAUGGUACAUGAUGUAUUGUCAUUGGAGUCACUUUUCCUGUGAAUAGAAAUGUUUCUAAGCACUUGGUAGAACACAUUGUAGCACAGAUAAUCCUGAAUGAGUCGUGAAUAAAAAUGAUAACCGCCCCUGUUAUUGUAAUGGUGAAAGUUUAGCAUGUCUUGUGGCGUCUGAUACUUUUUCACUCAUUAUUCAUGGUUCAUUCGGGAUUAUCUGUAAUCGUGGUAGCAUCCACAUUGAUAUAGAAGUGUUUAGAAACAUUAUUUUCAAUAAAAGUCAAACAAAUUACACAAUACAUUAUUUACCAUUAAUUUAUAUUGGUCAGAAAAUAAUCUGAAACACAACUAAAACAUAGAGCAAAUACAUCCAACAAAAUUGUUAUUGAAUAUGAGACCAAAUAGUACUUUUUACUACUUUAAUACACAAAUGAAUUUGUCCCUCCCAUUUUAGGGGAGCAAUGUACAAAAAGUCCUGUCAUUUCUAAACGGUGAACCUGCUAUGGAUUAAAUACCCUCAAGUUAAAACUGAGGGUCUGCACUUUAACCUCAAAGUCAUUGUUUGAUUUCAAAUCCAAACUUUUGGAGUAUAGAGUCAAUAGAAGAAAAUGCUUCACUGUUCCAAUAAUUACAGAAGGCACUGUAUAUUAAAAUGAUCAUAGGCGAGCUAUGGUAAAUACAAUAAUGGUCAUUCAUAUAAAAUGACUGGGUUCUCAGUUAUCUUAUUAAAUGCCCACACCAGUAGAUCUCCACUUUCUUCUAGCUGAAAGACGAUGGCCAGAGUUUACCCAUGCAGUUUGACAAUGAUUUAAGUCCAAGUAUAUUUGUGCUUGAAGUGACAUCUGAACUGCCUGCUUUUCCCAAAUCCGUGUGAAUGCGGUGUCUUUUCCUAUGACGUACACAUUAUUUUCAGCCUCCGUUUUGUUUCAGGGCUGGGUUUUAUUUGAAUGUUACCACCCACCACCAGCAUGGCUUUGUUUAUGAUUUAGAAACCGCUGCAAAAGUUAUUCAUCUUGGACCAUGAUGUUGAGCCAAACAGUCCUCUGUCCACUUGACUGCCUGAACCAUGGAGCAUAUUAAAAUAAUUGUUUUAUUUUACCAUAAAAUGAUCAUAAGCCAUUGGA